GCCGAGCGGGAUCUGAGCACGCAUGGGGCUGGGUCCGCGCUCCCCUCACCCCAACAAGGCGGGGCGCCGACUCGCAGCUGGUCGUAAACGAGGACGCGGGGCUGAGGGGUCGGGGCGCGCCCCGCCAGGCCGCAGACAGCAGCUCCCCGAGGGGCGCUCGGAGCCGGCUUCAGAUGCGCACCCCCACUUGAGCCCCGAAGCCCUUGGCUAUUUCCGCCGGGCCCUGUCGGCGCUGAAGGAGGCUCCUGAGACCGGAGAAGAACGAGAGCUGAUGGUGCACAACAUUCUGAAGGAAGUGGAGACUCAGGCCCUAGCCUUGGCCACGAGCAGGACUGGCAGCGAGGUGCUGCAGGAACUGCUGGGCUUCAGUCCCCUGAAACCUUUCUGUCGAAUAUGGGCUGCUCUGCACCCCAAUCUACGCUCUGUGGCCUGUCAUCGGUGUGGGGUCCAUGUCCUACAGAGUGCUUUGCUGCAGCUACCUCGGCUGCUGGGGAGUCCUGCACGGAAGGAGGAGGACGAUGAAGUUGAUGAGGAGGAGGAGAAGAUGACAGCUGGGGUGGACUGUACCCUGGAGACCUUGGAGGAGCUGGUCCUGGGCCUGGCGGCCGAAGUGUGUGAUGAUUUUCUUUUCUACUGUGGAGACACACACGGCAGCUUCAUGGUGAGGACUCUGCUUCAGGUGUUAGGAGGAGUUCUCGUGGAGUCAGAGCGAGCCAGGCCCUGGAGCUCUCAGGCCUCUGAAACUCAAAGGACUGCAGCCCGGGAGUGCAAGCCAACUGAUUUUGAGGUUCCUGGAACUUUCUUGAAUUGCCUUCAGGACAUGAGCUCUUGCUUUCUGAAGGACAUUGCUGUGUUCAUCACCAACAAGAUCUCCAGCUUCUGCCUUCAAGUGGCCUUACAGAUUCUAUGCCGCAAACUGCCCCAGUCUUGUGCCCAUCUUUGUAGUGCUGUGAUUGGCUACCUGAGUACUCGCAAUGCAUCAGCAGAUGGCAGCCCCCUACUGCUGUUUCUGCGAGAUCAGACAAGCUCCAGGCUCCUGGAGCAGGUGCUGCUGGUGUUGGACCCCCCUCAGCUCCAGAGCCUCUUCAAGGACCACCUGCAGGGCCAGCUGCAGACCCUGGCUGCGCAUCCCAUUGCCAACUUCCCUUUGCAGCGCUUACUGGAUGCAAUCACCACGCCUGAGCUGCUGUCUGCUGUGUUUGAGGAGCUGAGCCCUGCCCUGGAAGCAAUAUUUGCUCAAGGUCACCCAGGAGUGGUCGUUGCCCUGGUGGGGGCCUGCUGCAGAGUUGGAGCCCACCAAGCCAAGGUCUUAGAGCUGCUAUUGGAGGCGUUCCACUGUGCAGAGCCCUCAUCCCGGCAAGUGGCCUGUGUGCCUCUCUUUGCUACUCUGAUGGCUUAUGAGGUGUACUAUGGACUGGUGGAGGAGGAGGAGGGGUCAGAGCCCACGGAGCACCAGGAGGAAGCGGCUGCAGCCAGGGCACUGGGAGAGGUGACAGUCCUGGGAUCUCUGCUGCUGCAGCAUCUGCUGCACUUUUCCCACCCUGCUCUUAUACUUCGGAGUCUGAGUGCCUUGACGGGACCACAGCUUCUGGCUCUGGCCCAAAGCCCUGCUGGUUCCCAUGUGCUCGACGCCAUCCUCACUAGCCCCUCGGUGACACGCAAGCAGCGGCGCCGCGUGCUGCAGAUCCUCAAGGGACAGUAUGUGGCGCUGGCCUGCAGUCGCCAUGGCAGCCGGGUACUAGAUGCCAUCUGGAGUGGAGCAGCCUUGGGGGCCCGGAAGGAGAUUGCAGCUGAACUGGGGGAGCGGAACCAGGAGCUAGUAAGAGACCCCUUUGGCCACCAUGUGGCUCGAAAUGUGUCUCUGACCACUUUCCUGAAGCGGCGAGAGGCUUGGGAGCAGCAACAAAGCACAGUGGCCAAGCGCAGGCGGGCACUGAACUCCAUACUGGAAGACUGAGGCCUUUGGAGCUGGGCUGGGGAGGGUGCAAGGAGGUAUCCAGCAUCGGAGACCAAAGUUCUUACUAGUAAACAUUUUUAUAUUUUUAUUGAA